AUGUCUGCAGUAAUCCCGCCCCUUGUCCUCCCAUUUGUGAGCGAGAGAGCAAAGAAAACGCUUGAUAAACUUGCAAUUUUCGUCGAGAAAGAAUGCAUACCGGCAGAUGCAGUAUUUGAAGCCCAACUGGGUGAAGGAGUUGACCGCUGGAAAAUACAACCUUCCAUUGUUGAAGACCUUAAAAAUAAAGCCAAGGCCCUCGGUUUGUGGAAUAUUUUCCUACCCAAGAAUCAUUAUGAAAAUGGCGCGGGCUAUACCAACUUGGAGUAUGGAAUCAUGGCCGAACAAUUAGGCAAGUCUACAAUCGCUAGCGAGGCAUGCAAUUGUAAUCCACCAGAUACUGGAAACAUGGAGGUUCUCGCGAAGUACGGAACUGAAGGUCAAAAGAGGAAAUGGCUUGCCCCGUUAUUGACAGGAGACAUUCGGUCAGCCUUUUUAAUGACAGAGCCGGAUACUGCCUCGUCUGAUGCCAGAAAUAUUCAGCUCACAAUGACGAAGGACGGAGAUUACUGGGUGCUGAAUGGAUCUAAAUGGUGGAGCAGUGGUGCUGGCCACACUAAAACGGUGGUUUAUCUCGUCAUGGGAAAGUCUUCCCCUAAUGACCCUGAUCCAUAUAAGCAACAGUCAGUUAUUUUGGUCCCGGCUAACGCCCCCGGUAUCAAACUAAAGCGGAUGAUGUCCGUAUUCGGCUAUGACGAUGCCCCUCAUGGUCACGGUCACUUUGUUUUUGAGAAUGUUCGAGUGCCAGCAUCAAACAUGAUUGUCGGUGAGGGACGUGGGUUUGAGAUCAUUCAGGGCCGUCUUGGCCCUGGCAGAAUCCACCACGCCAUGCGAGCUAUUGGCGUUGCUGAAAGGUCCCUCGAAUACAUGAUUGCACGCGCAAGUGAUGAAGGGAAGUUGGCAUUCGGCAAGAAGCUCAACGAGCAUGGCGUAGUCCUGCAAUGGAUUGCUGAGGCUCGUUUGAAUAUUGAUGCUGCCCGUCUUAUAGUCCUUAAUGCUGCCGUUAAAAUUGACGGUGGCGAUGCGAAAGCUGCAACUAAAGAGAUUUCUCAGGCAAAGAUCUUAGCACCGAGAGUCGCCCUCGAGACACUUGACAAAGCAAUCCAAAGCCUUGGCGCGUCUGGUGUGUCGCAGGACACGCCAUUAGCGGCAAUGUGGGCGCAAGCGCGGACACUGAGAAUCGUAGAUGGUCCGGACGAGGUCCAUUCGCAACAGCUGGGGAAAAAUGAGGCGAAAAAAGGACUGUCGCUCCAACGAAAGAUACAGGAUCAGAAAUCGAUCACGUCAAACCUCAUGGAUCAAUACGAGGUGCGUGAUGAAAGCCCAACUAAGGCUUUAUUGUAG